AUGGCGAGUCGACUUCUAUACAUCACGACUUACAAGCACGACUUUCAAGCAUCAUAUCCACCAGGACGACUUUUACAAGAACAGUUUCCACCAGCAAGCCCGAUUUUCACCAACAAUGACCUCCCCCAACAACGACCUCCCCCAACAACGACCUCCCCCACACGACCCCUCCCCCACAACGACUCCCCCAACAAACGACCUCACCCAACACGACCUCCCUGUCCAACAACGACCUCCCCCAACAACCGACCUCUCCCAACCACGCCUCUCACCACGACCUCCCCCAACACGACCUCCCGCCAACAACGACCUCCCCCCACAAACGACUUUCUCAACAACGACCUCCUUUCCCCAACAAAUAACGACCUCCCCAACGAGCGACUUUCAUCCAACAACGACCUCCCCAACAACGCCCUCCCCCAACAACGACUUCCCCCAACAACGACCUCCCCAACAACGACCUCCCCCAACAACGACCUCCCCCAACAACGACCUCCCCAACAGCACCUCCCCCAACAACCGACCUCCCACAACGACCUCCCCCAACAACGACCUCCCCAACAGCGACUCCCCAAUUCCCGACCUCCCCCAACAACGCCCUCCCCAACAACGACCUCCCCCAACAACGCCUCCCCCAACACCGCCUCCCCUCAGCGACCUUCCCCCAACAACGACCUCCCCUACACGACUCCCCCAACAACGACCUUUCCCCCGACAACGACCUCCCCUACAGCGACUUCCCCCAACAAAGACCUCCCCCAACAACGCUCCCCAACAACGACAUUUCCCCAACAACGCAUCCCCCAACACGACUCCCCUAACAACGACCUCCCCAACAACGACCUCCUCCACAACGACCUCCCCCCAACAACGACUCCCCCAACAACGACCUCCCCCAACAACGACCUCCCCCAACAACGACCUCCCCCAACAACGACCUCCCCAACAACGACUCCCAGCAACAAGAAAUCUCGCAAUUAUCUGCAGUGCGUAACCAACACCAGCAAUGCUCGCUAA